AUACGCUGUGCAUUAUCUAGUAAAAUAAUAACACUCUCAAGCUCCACUGGGCCCGCCUCGUGGGCCUAUUUAUUGUGAGGACUUCUCGCGAACAUUGGGGCACUGCAUGCAACUUCAAGUUGUUGGCCCCUUUACAGGUCACAGGUUCAUCUAAGGGACAAUUGUCUUCACGCGAGUUGUAUAUCUAAAGCCCUCAAGCCGCAGCAUGGCCCGCCAGGACUCAGAUCGAUCUCUCCCCUGCCUACAUCGGCAAUCCCUGAAAGACAAAGUCGCUGUCAUCAGCGGGUCCCACGGAGGCCUCGGCGCCCAGAUUGCCCGGGAACUCUCAGAGAGCGGUGCAAAAAUCGUCCUUAACUACCCAUCCUCCACUCGACGAGACCGAGCAAAUACAGUUCUAAAUAGUCUGCAUACGCCUGCCAUCGCCGUGGAAGCCGAUAUCUCGACCACUACCGGGCCUCAAAUCCUCAUAAAUGCAGCCGUCGCUGCCUUUGAAGUAAUUGACAUCCUAGUCAAUAAUGCUGGGAAGACGGUGGAUCUUCCGUUUGAAGAGCAGACCCUGGAGCAUUGGGAGACGUUGGUCAACGUGAAUGGCCGCGGAACCUUCCUGCUCACCCAAGCGGCUCUUCCUCAUCUUUCGCCCCAAGGAUCGCGAAUCAUCAACAUUUCGAGCAUCUCGGCGAAGGAAGGAAUGGGUAUGCAAACGUUAUUAUCCGGAACCAAGGCUAUGAUUGAGAGUUUUACCAAGGUGUGGGCCAAGGAGCUCCCUCCGAAGUAUCACUGCACCGUCAACUGCGUGUCCCCUGGACCAACGCGCACCGAAGCUUUCGGCGCGGCUUUGGCUGGAGCGGAGUUCCAGAGGAUCAUAAAUCCUCUUAUUGAGGGCACACCCGUUGCCAACAGACCUGCAGAGACAAGUGAGAUAUCGUACGCCGUCCUAAUGCUAUGUCAUCCACGUGCGACAUGGCUGAAUGGGGUCAACCUGAUUGUAAGUGGCGGGUUGGGCGUCUAA